AUGGCGCCCAUCCGGAAGAAGCUGGUGGUGGUUGGCGACGGGGCCUGUGGCAAGACGUGUUUGCUCAUCGUUUUCAACAGGAAUCGGUUCCCAGAGGCGUACGUGCCCACCGUGUUCGAGGCCUUCGUGGUGGGCAUUGACGUGGACGGGCAGCGGGUGGAGCUGGCCCUGUGGGACACCGCCGGGCAGGAAGACUACAACCGCUUGCGGGCCCUGGCCUACCCCAACACAGACGUUGUGCUGAUGUGCUUCUCCAUUGCUAGCCCCGACAGUUUUGAAAACAUCCCAGAAAUUUGGACUCCGGAAGUCAAGCACUUCUGUCCCGACGUGCCCAUCGUCCUGGUCGGGAACAAGAAGGAUCUGCGGAACCGGCGGAAGCUGGGCCGGUCGCGGCAGGAGCCGGUGAAGCCGGAGCAAGGCAGAGCUAUGGCCAGAAGGAUCGGCGCUUUCGGCUACGCAGAGUGUUCGGCGAAGACCAAAGAUGGAGUGAGGGAAGUUUUUGAAAUGGCCACGAGAGCUGCUCUACAGGCCAGUCGUGGGAGGCGAAAGUCUGGGUGCCUUGUCCUGUGA